AUGGGAUCUUUAGAUAUCCCGCAACAUGGUCCAUAUUGGAACAGCCUUCAAAAUAUGCUCGCUGACAGAGCCGAACUUGGGAACUCGCGGCUUUUGUUUUAUCCCCUAGGAAAUGUCUCGGAGCCUCUAGAGAUUUCGUACAAGAGUCUGGAGACCGAGGCGAAGCAAAACGCCUGUGCUAUUCGGUGUCUUGAAGGAUUCAAAGAAGGUCGUCCUGUACUUAUUCAUGUGGAUAAUAAUUGGGAUGCCAUAAUUUGGUUCUGGUCUGUUCUAUACGCGAACGGUCUACCGGUUCUCUCCUCACCUUUCAGCAAUAUCGAGGAGCAUCGGCAGAGGCAUAUACGAGGACUAUCGGAGCUUCUAGAAUCACCAAUCUGUAUUGCCAGAGCAGAUUCCUUGCAUCUGUUCGGAGGAGCCCAUGGUCUACAGGUGCACACUGUCGAAGCCCUGCUUGUAACUCAACGAUCUCAGGAAUACAAAAGCAGAGAAGGCCAGUUGAAAUAUCGUUUAGAUCCAGCUGUCUUAAUUCUAGUUGAGAUUCAUUUACAGGCUAUGUAUCUCGGCGUAGAUCAGGUCCAUGUCCACCCCGCCAAUGUUGUUUCUUCGCCAAUCACUUUUCUCGAUCUCCUUUCCCACCAUCGUGUUUCACGUUCAUUCGCUCCCAAUUUCUUCUUGGCUAGACUAGUUUCAACGAUGCGAUCGGCAUCUGAGCAUACCACGUUGACGUGGGACUUGUCCAGUCUCACAAUCCUAGCAUCGGCAUCUUCCUUGCUCGAGAGAUAUGGAUCACCUCGCAAUGUCAUUACUACGGGAUACGGGAUGACGGAAACCUGUGCAGGAGCCAUUUUCAACCUCAAUUGUCCGGAUUAUGAUGUUGCUAGCGGAUAUAAGCUUGCAUCUGUUGGGAAGUGCAUGAAAGGCAUAGAGAUGCGCGUCACCGUAUCUUCAGGAGACACCAUUUCAUACAGGAAGUUGGCAGCGCCAAACCAGUCCGGUGACCUCGAAGUUCGUGGUGAGGUUGUUUUUAGUGGCUACUAUCGAAAUCCAGAAGCAACCGAAGAGGCUUUCAUCUCCGAUGGUUGGUUUCGCACUGGUGAUAAAGCUAGCAUUGAUCUGAAUGGUAAUCUGAACUUGAUAGGCCGAGUUCAGGAUGUCAUCAAUAUCAACGGCGUUAAAUUCAUUACCGCUGACUUGCAAGCCUCGAUUGAUCAAGCCUUGGGCAGGCGCGUAGACCGGGUUAUUAUUUUUCCUUCUUGGACAGGGAUUACAGAGCAAGUCACUGUCGUAUACAUUCCCACGGAAUGGCCUACUCGAGCGGAGGACAUAAUGGAGGUGGAUAGCUUGGUGGUUCAAGCCAUCGCUACACUAGCAACAACUACAACCAAUUUCAGACCAGACACGUAUUGA